AAAAGGGGCGGACGGGACGGGAAACCAAAAACGGGGAAGCGGAAGGAGAAGGAGAACCGCAGAGGCGGGCACAAAGGGAGCCAAGGAGAAGCGAGAAGGGCGAGAGAAAACGCGCAUCGAGGGGAGAAAGAAAGAGACGGAAAGAGCAAGACAGAGGAAAAACCACGGAGAGGAAAGGAAAAGGACCCGGAAAAGAAAGAGGAAACGGACGAGAAGAAAGACAAAAGAAAGAGCACAGAAAAGCGGAAAGAGAAGGAGCGAGGAAAGGCGGAAAACGGGGAGGGGAGGGAACGGAAAACGCGGACAAAAAAGGACGGGAACCGGGGCCGGAAAGAGCAAAACGGGAGAGGCCCAGACACCAAAGCAGAAAGAGGCGAGGGCGGGAAAGAAAGGGAAACCAAGGGGGGGGGAAAACAAGCAGACGGCGGAGACGAAGAAAACCGAAGACGGGGAGAAGAGACAGAAGAAGAGGAGGCCAAAAAGGGAAAAGCGGGCGGGCAAAGGACACACAAAAAGAGGAAGAGAGGGAGAGAAGAGACAAGGGGAGAACGCAAGAGGCGAAAAAACGAGAGGCCAAGAACAAGAGAGGGAGAGAAGGGGGACAAAACACAAAGAGAAGGGAGAAAACAGAAGGACAAAAGAAAGCGAGACGAAGCAGGGGGAGACGCAAACACAAAGAAAGGGAGAAAACAGAAGACAAAAGAAAGCGAGACGAAGCAGGGGGAGACGCAAACACAAGAGAAGGGAGAGACCAGGAAGAAACGGAAGGAGGGGGCCCGGGGGGGGGAGCAGACAGCGAAAGGGGGCCAAGGGGGCAAGAGAGGAAACGGCGGGGAAGAAAGAGGAGGAGGAGAGGACGCGAAAGCCAGGGCAGGGAGGGGAAGGGAGACCCGGACCAGGAACAGGAGCCAGAAGAGGAACCGCGGAGGGGCACCCGCAACGAGGGAGGGAGCAGCCGCGAGAACGGGCCGCAGGAGCCGAAGGAGGGGAGGACGGCAGGAAGGAA